AUGACAGCCUUCAACAUAGACAUCUGCUACCUCGGCAGGAAGCGACUUGAUCGCGCCAUUGAGGUGUACAAGAAGACCAUCCCUGGUGGCUCAGAGGAUGUUUUCAACAUCACCUGGAAACCAUUUUAUUUGGACCCCACGCUUCCCCGGGGUAAAAGCAUGCCCGUCCAAGAGCGCAUGGCCCAAAAGUUCGGCGCCGACAAGCUGGGCAUGAUGACUGAGCGCAUGAGGAUGAUGGGCCAGUCGGAGGGUAUCUGCUUCUCGUUCCAGGGCAAGAUAGGCAACACCCGGGAUGCUCACCGGCUGUCGCAGCUGGCCAAGACCAAGGGGGCCGACGUGCAGAGCAAGCUCAUGGCGGCGCUGAUGCACAGCUACUUCGAGGAUGGCGGCGACGUCACCAGCCACACCACGCUCCUUGACGCCGCAGAGAAGGCUGGCCUGGACAGGGCCGAGGCCAAGGCGUGGCUCGAUGAGGGCAGGGGGGGCGACGAGGUCGACAAGGCGGUGGAGUGGGCCUACGCGAAGGGGAUCCAGGGCGUCCCGCACUUUAUCAUCAAUGAUCGGUAUGAGAUUGGUGGCGCCCAGGACGUCGAAGCGUUCCUGGGAGAGUUUGUCAGAGCCAAGGGGACUGCGUAG